CUGGUAUUUACACGGUAUCUUCCAAUAAUCAGAGAUGUGAUCUGGAUUCCACGCACGCCUGCAAUCCAGCAUAGCGUCAAAGCAACAAUGCAGCACGCAACACAAUUUUCGUGAUCAUGUAUCUUACGCCACCUCCAUGAUGAUGAGAAUGGAGUACCGUCGAACUGCAGGGAGGCAUGGUGCUUCUCUGGAUCAGAAGCUCACAUGCAGGAAGUCAACAGAUCCCAAUGGACAUGGCUAUAUUUCAUAAGAGAUCGUGCCUUCAUACAGCUUCGUGUAACAAGGUGUAGCACAUGGGAAGGGCAUUGCUUAGAUACCUUGUAGGACGAGAACAACACUCCAAGAGUGUUUUUGCGACAAGGGGAGACGUCGUCAUUGUUCCUAGGAUACUGUCUAGACACAGCUACACGCAUAAUUCUAGCAGUGGGGAGUACAAUCGUUCUAACCAUGAUUCUAGCUUGUACGCUCAUACGGUGAGACUGGUCACUUGCAACAGCGGUCUCAUCUCAGUCCUUUGUCCAAGCAGUAAGCGAAUGUUGGCACUUCCCACGAGGACACCGAUCCUCUUGGCAAGCUCAGCGACGAUACUAUGUGCCAAUUUAGGCUGCUUAGACUCGGCAGGUUUCCAAAGGCUAGUUUCUGAGAUGCUCAGUCUACCGGGUGGACUGCAAUAUCUAGGCCUGAGUCUUGAGUGGCAAUGUGCGGCUGGCAAACCUUGCCAUUACCGUCAUCCCAGCAUUGAAUAUGUUCAAGGGACUACUACGAGUCUGGGGCUCAAGAUAGCUCCGUCUUCAUCCAUUCAGUCAACAAAGAAAUGAGACUCCCAACUGCACUGUUCAAGACAGUGUCGAGAACCUUUCUGCUUGAGACAUUGACCAGUAGCUUCUAGUCCUGGCUCGACGCCCGAUACGUAUAUUCAUCUCGACAUGCU